GAUGGAAACCACAGCAUGGAAUAACACCAGCUACUUCUCUACCAACUCAUCUGCUCCAAACUCAUCCAUCACUUAUUAUGUUGAAAUCUCCUUUCUCCUGGUUGCUAUGGCCAUGGGUCUCCCCGGAAACCUCCUUGUGGUUUGGACCAUACUAUUCCGCCUGAAUCGCCAUUCCAUCACGUCCCUCCUCAUCCUCCAGCUAGCGGCUGCUGACGCACUCGUGCUGCUCUCCGCUCCCUUCUUCAUUCACCAGCUCUUCAUGGGCAGAGUCUGGGAGUUCGGAGAGGGAGUGUGUAAGUUCCUGCACUACGUCUGCGGCAUCAGCAUGUACCUCAGCGUCCUGUUGAUUACCUUGAUGGGCGUCGACCGACACCUUGGCGUGGUAUGUCCCUUCCUGUCCCAGCGCGUCCGGACGAAGUCGAGGCUGUUCCCUAUCAUGGGCGGGGUGUGGGCGCUGGCUAUAGUGCUUCCCACUCCUCUGCUUGUGUACCGCCAAGUCCGAAAGGGGGAGUGUACCACGCAUUACCCCGGGCCCGCCCACCAGGUAACUUUACUGACAGAAUAUUAUAUUUUGUAAUUUUAGUGUUGUACAGUAUAUUAGUAUUGUACACCACAUUAUUUCAUAUUGUGUUAUCCGUUUUCCAUAAAACAUGUUGCAGAUUUUUUAAAUUCUAUAUCCAUAUUUAUUCUAAAUAGAUGUGGAUAUAGCUAAAACAAUCGAUCAAUCUGUCAACAUUGUUUUUGAUGCAUUUAUUUGUAACAGACAAGUACUGAAAUUUAAAUAGAUAAAAUAUGUAAUUACACUCAUUUAAAGACACUCUUACUAAAACGCAUGAAAUCAAAUGAAAUCAAAUCGUUUCUGGUCCUAUCCUCUCUACCAGGUGUUCCACUAUUCCCUAGAGACAGUUACUGCGUUCCUGGUCCCCUUCAGCAUCAUGACGGUCUGCUACUUGCGUAUCGCUCGUACCUUAGCAUCCAGCUGCGCCCACUGGCACCACCGCUCCUACAGGAAGACCAACCGCUUCAUCGCACUGAUAGUCUUGGCUUUCGUCCUCUUGUGGGCUCCGUACCACCUGGUCAACAUCCUGCAGGUGGGCAUAUAUAUACAAAGGGUCUGAAUACUUAUGUAAAUAAGGUAUCAGUUUUUUUUAAUUUGUAAUAAAUUAGCAAACAUUUCUAAAAACCUGUUUUUGUUUUGUCAUUAUGGGGUAUUGUGUGUAGAUUGAUGAGGACAUUUUUUAAUUGAACCCAUUUUAGAAUAAGGCUAUAACGUAACAAAAUGUGGAAAAAGUAAAGGGGUCUGAUACUUUCCGAAUGCACCGAAUGUAUACAUUACAUACAGUGCCUUCAGAAAUUAUCCAUACCCCUUGACUUAUUCCACAGUUUGUUGUUUUACAGCCUGAAUUCAAAAUGGAUUAAAAAAAUAAAUAAUCACCCAUCUACGCACAAUGCCCAAUAAUGACAAAGUGAAAAAAUGCUUUUAGAAAUGUUUAGCAAAUUUAUUGAAAAUUAAAUACAGAAAUAUCUACAUAAGUAUUCACACCCCUGAGUCAAUACUUUGUAGAAGGACCGUUGGCAGCGAUUACAUCUGUGAGUCUUUCUGGGUAAGUCUUUAAGAGUUUUCCACACCUGGCUUCCAGUUGAAGCUCGCGUCAACUACAGAACCAUGGUACUUGCCUACGUAGCAGCAAGAUGAACUGCCCGUUCCUCCCUACCUUCAGGCUAUGCUCAAAUCCUACACCCCAACCCAGGCAUUCCGUUCUACCACCUCUGGUCUAUUGGCCCUCCCGCUUAGCCCCGGUCCCAGCUCUUAUCUAUUGUACAACAUUUUCCCAUUAUUAUUUUCUUUUUAAAAUUCUUCAAGCUCUGUCAAAUUGGUUGUUGAUCAUUGCUAGGCAACAAUUUUCAGGUCAUCCCAUUGAUUUUCAAGUAGGUUUAAGUCAAAACUGUAACUCGGUCAUUCAGGAACAUUCACUGUCUUCUUGGUAAGCAACUCCAGUGUGAUUUAGACUUGUAUUUUAGGUUAUUGUCCUGCUGAAAGGUGAAUUAAUCUCCCAGUGUCUGGUAGAAAGCAGACUAAACCAGGUUUUCCUCUAGGAUUUUGCCUGUGCUUAGUGCCAUUCAGUUAAUUUUUUAUACUGAAAAACUCCCCAGUCCUUAACAAUUACAAGGAUACCCAUAACAUGAUGCAGCCACCACUAUGUUGAAAUUAUGGAGAGUGGUACUAAGUAAUGUGUCGUAUUGGAUUUGUCCCAAACAUAACACUUUGUAUUCAGGACAAAAAGUGAAUUGCUUUGCCACAUUUUUUGCUGUAUUACUUUAGUGCCUUCUUGCAAACAGGAUGCAUGUUUUGUACAGGCUUCCUUCUUUUCAUUUCGUCAAUUAGGUUAGUAUUGUUGAGUAACUACAAUGUUGUUGAUCCAUCCUCAGUUUUAUUGUAUUAUAGCCAUUAAACUCUGUAACUGUUCUAAAGUCACCAUUGGCCUCAUAUGGUGAAAUCCAGUUCAGGGUGGUAAAACAUUGCAUUAAAACACAAAUCUCCUGAGUGGCGCAGUGGUCUAAGGCACUGCAUCGCAGUGGUCUAAGGCACUGCAUCGCAGUGCUAACUGUGCCACUAGAGAUCCUGGUUCGAAUCCAGGCUCUGUCGCCGCCGGCCGCGACCGGGAGACUCAUGGGCGGCGCACAAUUGGCCCAGCGUCGUCCAGGGUAGGGGAGGGAAUGGCCGGCAGGGAUGUAGCUCAGUUGAUAGAGCAUGGCGUUUGCAACGCCAGGGUUGUGGGUUCGAUUCCCACGGGGGGCCAGUAUAAAAAAAUAUGUAUUCAUUAACUGUAAGUCGCUCUGGAUAAGAGCGUCUGCUAAAUGACUAAAAUGUAAAUGUAAAUGUAUUUCCCCAAAGUUUGUAAAAAAAAAAAAAGAUUGACAUAGUUCGAGUUCAUAAUGAAACUUAUGAUUCCUUGUUUCAGGUGGGGGCCAUUCUUUCCGGGUCCACGGAUUUGCUGGGGUUCUGUCUGAGAGCCAGGACGGUGGUCAUAGCCUUAGCUUACCUCAGCAGUGCUGUCAACCCUUUGCUCUAUACCAUGGCCAGCUCCUGCUCUGGCUCCUCCCUCACACGCUCUGGCUCCUCCCCCAAUGGUGUGGGGGGCGUGGCACUGCUGCUUGAGGGGAAGGCCUCCAACAUGGACACGCCCAGCAUGAGAGCAAAGCAUGAUGGUAGCGGUAGAGAGAAAGAGAAGGAGGACUGGGGAGGUGGGAAACAAGAGGGAGAGGUAGAAGAGAUGACAAUGGUUCCAGGGAAAAGAGAGGUGGAGAAGGAGGACAAGGAGGCAAAGGACGAGGAGGAAGAACAAGAAAAAGAGAGGACAAGUUCCAGGAAAAAGGAGGAGGAGGGAAAAAAUUUCCUGAAGGCAAAGAAAUGACUGGAGGACAUGCAUGCUACUGCUUGCCAGCCGGAUAUGACUCUUCUGAUAGCUGUCUUGUUGUGAAUGUUGAUCUCACCUCUAAGAGUUUCCUAGUCAAUCAACGGCAGCCAUAUCUUCUCUGAGAAAAGUGUUUUUAAUUUUCAUGCACUGGCACAAAAACAUGACAUGUCUUAAUGCUUUUGAUAAAAUAAAUGUGGUAAACAAUUAUACAAAUAUUGGUAACACUUUACAUUAUACAGUGCUCUUUUUACUCUAACAAUUUGGUAUUGCACUGUACUUACAGCAUUAAAUCACAUGCACACACGCAUGCACACACACAAAUGGAGAGAGGGAGAGAAAGUCAGACAGACAAAACAUACUGUAAAGAUAAUUGACUAAAUUCAACCCACACCCACUGAGCUUGAAUCACCACCUCUAA